UGGGUUCAUUAUUUACUCGAUUCGCGUCCAGUUUUCCGGUAGUCUGCGUCGUCCGUCCGUCUGACACCUACCUGAAACGCAUAUAACAAUAUAUAGUUGCAAUAUAAUAUUAAAAUUGUGACAUCGGAUCGUACGAGUUGUGCCCGAUAUUGAUAAAUCGACAAAAAUUAAAUAUUUUUUUCAUUCCGCUCUUUGCUGUACUUCGAUCUACCGUAUUCACACGCAAUGUUUGCCGGAAAGUUCGUUGUGGUGUUCGCCCUUGUGGCUGCCGCCAUUGUCGCGUUAGCAACCGGUUCGCCAAUGUCGUCAUCGUCUAUGCCCCAGCAACCAUCUCCAUCGCCACGUGACCAGCAAGACGGCAAUAACGAUGUAAACCUUCAACCACAACACCACGACAUCCACCUGCAGCAACAACACCAACACGCCAAGCCAUCGUACAUGAUACGCGAGGAUGAACUGGUGAGGAAGUUGAAUGCCAAGUGCGGUGCCCGAGAUGUGUCCAGCUGCGUUAUGCUGAAGCUGGUCACUUAUAUGAACAAGUUGAUGAAGAAGAACAACCUGGAAAUCGGAGACAUGAUGGAAAUCGCUAAGAAGGAUGGGCCAGCUGAAUAUAUAGCCUCCACUGAUGAGUCAACGGUCCGUGUAGACGGUACGGCCAGGGGAUACACUGACGAGUCGGCAUUUGGUGAGGUGAUGGCCGACAAACUGUGGAGGUACGUUCAGUCCCGAGCACUCAAGAUCAAGGUGUUGCCCGAGGCUGACUUUGUUGUAUCCGCAUCCCCGGAACAAGACGGCUCCCUUAACUUUGGCAUGUCGUUCAGGUCCGGAAAAGACUUGACUGAGUCCGGACGGGGUAAGAACAAAAACAUGGGACCCAUGAUGGCAGCUAUGAUGAUGAAAAUGGGUAUGCUUAAGGUCAUUGCGUUUAAAGUACUUGCCUUGCUCGUUGGCAAAGCUUUAUUGGUCAGCAAGCUCGCCUUUUUGUUAGCCACUGUCAUCGGGCUGAAAAAAUUGUUCAGCCAACAGAAACACGUUACAUACGAAGUGGUAGCCCAUCCGCACCACGAAUCCCAUGGCAGUGACUCUUACAGCUCGGCCGGAUGGGGACGUUCGUCGUCAGAAGCAGCGCACAACAUGGCUUACUCCGGACAAGGCCAGUAGACACAACCUCGUUAUUAUUAGAUAUAGGUAACUGCAUAAGACAUCACACGAUGAACUCAAGUCCUGUACUUUAAUGUAGGAUACCUAUCCAAACGUUUAGACAAAAGCACAGCACUUGAUCGUUCGCACAUCCGACGUUCAAUGUAAUAUCUGAACUCCAUUAAUUUAUUUAAACAAAAACAAAAAAAUCAUGUUAUUUAUUAUUUAUAUUUAUUUAUUGUGUUAAAUUUAAGUUUGUUUGUAUCUAAUAUUAUUUAUUAAAUAUUUUUUAUAUAUUUACGUUACCCACCUAUUUAUUACAUGUCAUCUGUGACCUACGGUCGUUCAUAUAAUUUAUCCAACAUACUUAAUAAGUAAUAAUCUGAUGUAAAAUAUUCAACAUUAGUCGUAUGCAGCAGUGUAGACGAUUAAAGUUAUUUAUUAUUCGGAUAGAUAAUUAAAUUAGAGGUUUCAUUAGUUUGU